CUGGCUGGGAAGGGCUUCAAAUCGGAAGGGGAAGCGAGGAAUCAGAUAUUUGUGGUCCGCGGGGAGGAGAAUUCGAAGGUGAACGAGGUGGAUUUAAAAAGCAACAAAGAGAACGAGAACGGGAACGGCGAGGAGGGAGAAGAGGAUCCAUUCGAUUGGGAGAAGGCGAUGAGGAAAAGAGUAAAGCAAAUCAAAGAGAUGAGAGAAUUGGAGAAGAAGGUUGAGGAGCUGCAGAGCCAGGAGGAAGAAUAG